CCAUCGGGAGGGGACGUGGCGUCUGGUCCAAACAUCCUCAAAUAUGUUCUAUAUUAAAAAACCAAAACACACAAUGCAGCACACAAGAACUUGGUUGUUAAAUGCUGCAUUGUAAAUAAUUUUGUUUAUGAAUUUAGUAAUGUGAUCUGCGAUUAUGUGAUGGUGAGUUUUGGACGUUUAGACAUAAGCAUAUUGAUAUGUACACUCGUAUCUCACAUAAAUUUGUUAAAUCUCAGUAAACUAUUACUAAAAUAUAAUAGUAAGCUCAUAAUUAAAAAAAGGUCACCGACUUGUACGCUUUUUCAGGUGUAAUGCCAUAAACAAAUAGGAGGUCAAUUCUGUUAUAAAAAAAAUGAAUAUCAUAUUCAUAUAGAAUAGAGCAACUACUAUAUGCAUUGUCACAUCAUGUGCAGUAUUAAUGGGGGCAUCUGAAUUUCACUUCAUCUUCCAAAUACCGCGUUUCCCAAAUCAGCAAGCCAACAAGUUAGCGUACCGUAAGAAGAAGUUUCGCAAUGCACCAAUUGUACAUCUCGUCGAUAAUACAUUCAUCAACUUUCUGUUUAUCAUUAACAUAUCUUACUAAGUUGAUACGACUAUAUCAUCGGUGAUUUCAUUUUGAGCCUAAAAUUUCAAGUGCCUCUAUUUCGGUAGCCCUGUCUCACAAACAAAACAUAGGUCAAAUCAAAUGUGUAUAUCGCUCCUAGCAACGUAAUUAGACUAAAUAUUUAGAAGAAAUGCAAAAUCCAAAGGUGUUUAUGUAACAUUGUUUGAUUGACGGUGAUUGAUGAAUAGUAAAAGCCGUGUAAGAAGGUUUAAACCAUAAUCACCGAAUCUUUAACAAAGGUGGUAAUGAAAAUGACGUGGAAGAAAAUGAAAGUGGGUCCCGUUAUUACCAAAUCGUGAUUGGCAAGUGGCAACGCGUUAAUCCAUAAUCAUACAGCCCCCACUUCUAUUCGUCUUUAUUUUAUCCAAAUAAUAAGCUUAUAAAUAUUUUUCCACUUGUCCAUCAUCUUCUCCAACGAACAACGACCUAAAACUUACAAAUCAUAUCUCAAAACAAUGAAAGCUACACUGAUUUCUUCGACAGCUUCAGUCUCACCGCUCCGGUUCCAUCCAUUGGUGUUUUCUCCGAAUGAAACGACGACGUUUAGGACACAGAAGAAGAAGACGAUGAGCGUUUCUGCUGCUGCGUCUUCCGGGAAGGACCAUUACUACGGAGGAGGGAGGUUAGUGGACGAGAACAUGAUCGUCUUAAGGAAACGCAUCCACGAGAUGAAGAUGGUUGAGCGAAACUACGAGCCUCCUUCUCACUGGAUGGAUUGGGAGAAGCGUUUCUACAGCAGCUACGACUCUGUAAUCUGCGAUUCCGUUGGUCUUCUCCAGAGUUUCCUCAUGAAUUCUCGCCCCACCGUCGCGAUUGUGACGCUGCUUCUCCUCCUGAUCAGCGUUCCCGUUUCCUCCUCUGUUCUCGCGUUUCGCCUUCUUGACCUUCUUCAUUGGGUUCUCGCCGCCGCAACAUUGGGCCACGUGGGCUGAUCUGCUCGCCUCGUUUCUUUCUUUUUCUUUUUACUUGCCCACAAUUUUUUUUGGGUAUAUUAGUUAUGUUUAUUAUAUACACAUAUUCUUUAAUUAUUUAUCUGAUUUUCACUUUUAGCUUAUAAUAUAUGUUCAAAAUCUCGUUAUUUAUUUAUUCUUACAUAGAGUUUGAAUGCAUUCUAAAAGUGGAAACAAUACAUUCUAAUUACAAAAACAUUUCUUAUUAUGAUAA